ACAACAUCUUUGAUUCCCCAACAUACAAGCCGCUCCCUCGUCGUCCAUCAAAAGUGCAACCAGCGAGGCAGCACGCUCCACCCCCUUUGCCUCACUUUCCCAGGGAGUCGCCCCAAUUCCAGCGGAUCCGGGAGCGAGAAGAGCUGCUGCGGCUGUUUUGUGCCUACUUUGGACAAAUGUCGGUCUCCUCUGACGCAUGGCCAAGGACACAAGGAUCGCACGAAUGCCAAGUGAGGCUGGCGGAACGACGUGGGCCGCAAAGAGGGGAGGCGAACGCACGGCUGGUGGAGGAAACAAUACAGAAGAAGAGGGGAGUAGAGGACAAAAGGGAAAAAGAGGCGUGGGGCAAUGGCAACGGUAGAGAAAAGGAGAGAGGGGCGAGCUCAAUCAAGAGGAAGAAAAGGGCCGGGGAGGCCGCCCUUGCUCCGUUUUCCAAUGAGAGAAGCAAUGACAGGGCGAUAUCUCACCACGCAAGAGAGUCAGAAGGAACUCAGACGGCCUCAUCUCGCUUUCGUCGCCAGUAUCGUCAGCCUCGUAGCUCGAGCCAGGCUUAUUCUACGCAUUGUCGGGCCGAGCGGCGUCGUAGAAGGCUGGCGGAGCAAAAUCUUGGGAGAACGGACGCGAUCAAGCACCAGGAUCUCGCCGCAGUGACCGUGACGCCGUCGAAGAAAAAAAAGAAGAAAAAGAAGGAAAAGUCGGCCGUGUCGAGCAGUAGCGCAGCAAAAAAGGUAGCCGCGCUGCGAAACAAAGUAGGAGGCCCGCCAAAGACGAAAGUGUCGCUGUCAGAGCUCAAGGCGAGAGUCAAGGGAGAAUGCAAGAAAGGCACGAAUAGCGAUGCCGGUGAGCACGAAGAUGAGGAGCACAAGAUGAAAACAGAAAUCAAGGCAGAAAUCAAGGCAGAGACGAAGGAGGCCCCGCAAGUGCCUAGUGGCGACUUCAUUAUUCAGAAACCAGGCCCCGAGAUGUUGCAUCGGCUCGAACUGCUCCUCAAGGCGAUCAUCAAGGAAGGCGGUCAGCUUCCUGCCGAAUAUUCAGUUGCGCAGCUUACGGAUGAGGUCCUCCAUCAGUCUCCAAGUGGCCUGGCUCAAUCCAAAUCUGCUCUGGCGUCAAGAUCAAUCGAGUCGUCCUCAGCCUCGCUACAAACGAGCGGCUGGGGCGCCAAGAAUGCGAGAAAAAGUAAAGAAACCAAUCUCGACGAGGUCGACAAGCUUCGACGGCAGAACGAAGACCUUCGAGACCAAACCAGGCAAUUGCAGGAGCAGUCCAGAGCGCUACGGGAGCGGACUAAUGCACUGCAACGGCGAAAAGGAACUGUCCUGGCUGACUGCGCUUCGCUGACGAGGCAGACAGAGGUCAAGCGAGCGAGCGAUCAGACAAUCAUCAAACAACAUAAGCGAUUUCGACAGUGGCUCGAGAAAGCUCGUUUGAUCUUUUUCAGAGAGGGCGGAAAGCACCUGACGAAGCAGGAUCUAGAUCCCAUCGUCGAAUAUGCGUGGAUCCGUAGGCCUGGAUUUCGAGAGCUGUACGAGAAGGAGCAGUUUGAUGAAUUUGCACGGAAACUCUGCGAGUACGUCGAGCUGGCCUACAACUCCAAAAUCUCGUGGCAAACUUCGGCAUUCUUGUGCACGCUCCGACUCAUCAGGGAGAACGUCUUCGGCGCAAAGACGAGCUCGGCCUUAGUCACUGUCGCUGAGCAGGCAGCUUCCGCCAAGUCGAUGAGCAGAACCUCGUCUCAAGUGACGCAGUUGUCUUGCGCGCCGUCGUCAUCUUCUCUUUCUUCUUACACUUCCUUGGGUCCGGACCCGUCGGACAGGUCGGACGACAAGACAAAGCGGAAACCGACGAGGAAGGAAAGGAGGGCAAGCGAAGGGCCCAAGCUCACGCGUCGUCAGAGGACCAUCCAGGGCAACAUCCAUCGAAACCCAGAUCUGAGCAAGGCCAAGCAGAAAACAGAUGGUGAAUUUGACGAUCAAUCUCCAGCACCUACAGCUCACGAUGAUGGGCGAGGAGGGGAUAGGAUAUGCACAUGUUGCUCAUCGAAACACCGCGACAAGAAGCUGACCGCGGCCGCGGCUGCGAGCCAACAGGCCAUUGCGGCGGGGGCUGACUUCUUCGAUGCGAGCUUCAUUUGCAUCUUUUGCGACUACAAGCUCAUCUACGGGGAAUACCCUAAGAUGAAGCGGGCACUGCGAAGGGCACGGAGAGCCAACAAGGGGAUAGAGGUGCAAGAAUAACACCCAACGUGCGGAGCUUUUCACUUAAUGUUCAUUUAUUUACGACAUCAAUAAACAUGACGCUCGAUUUCCUCCA